AUGAAAGAUAUUUUAAUGACAGCAUAAACCUUAGGAUUAGACGAAAAAUAUUCAUUAGUAUUUAAAAUACUUACAUAAAUAUAAGAACAUUAUGAACAAGAACAAGAAUAAAAUAACCGUUUAGGCACUUUUGAUUUUGAAACAUUUAUUUUAUAUUUAACUUAAUAUUUAGGAAAUACAGUUACAUAAGAAGGGAGGGAAUCCUUAUUUUCAAUUUUAGAUAAAAAAUCAAGAAAUUUUGUCACUAAAGAUGAACUUAAAUAAACUGCAGAUGAAUUAAGAUAUAAUAUAGGCGAUUAAGAAAUCGAAGAAAUUGUUUAAAAUGUUGCAGGCUUUGGAUAAUAAGGAUUUAAUUUUGAAAAAUUCGAUAAAUACGUUGCAAGAAAAGUUGAGAGAAAAAACAUUAAAUGA